AGGGUGUGUGUGAGGGGGCGGGCAGCAGCCCAGCUGAUGUCAGAUUUUCAAAUGAGCAGGGUCUCCCACAGCGGGUACCGACUCUACUGCAGGGGCUGUGGCAGGCAGACCACCCCACUUAAGGAGGGGCGCCUGCUUCCUUCCUCGGGUCCUUUGGGGAGGACUUCUACAAUGGGCAGGGGCAGGUAGUGAGACAGUAACAGUGGGGGUGUGCACAGGGGAUGCAAAGAGCAGCCAGACCUCCCCCACUGGCCGGGCAGUUGGUACGCUCCAGAGUCUGAGCGGCUCCUUCUAGCAUCCUUCAUCCUUCAGGUACCAGCCAUCUGGACCGUGCCUGAGCUGCAAUAGCCGAGACCACCUUUCCAAGGACCUCAGUCUGCGCAUCCCUGGUGACCUUCUCUGCAUUAGCUGUCACUGCUACAGAUAUUUUUAGCUGCAAGUCUCCGCAGGGUGGGGCUCUUAUCUGAGGCAGGUCUGCCGCCCCCGCCCCACUGACCCUCCAUCCCAGGCCGCCGCCGCCUCCUGUCAUUUCAGGAUGAAAGGGGAGACCCCUGUGAACAGCACCAUGAGUAUUGGCCAAGCACGCAAGAUGGUGGAACAGCUUAAGAUCGAGGCCAGCUUGUGCCGGAUAAAGGUGUCCAAGGCAGCAGCAGACCUGAUGACUUACUGUGAUGCCCACGCCUGUGAGGAUCCCCUCAUCACCCCUGUGCCCACUUCGGAAAACCCCUUCCGGGAGAAGAAGUUCUUCUGUGCUCUCCUCUGAACUUAUCUCCCCCUCCGAGACGCGCCCUUAGAUAGGAAAUUGUAGCAGCUCGUCUACCCUUAUCUAUCAUGAGAUUAGCUCAAGCACAAGCCCUCCUUACCCCUACCUACCCCAUCUCCUCACCCUGAGGCCAACUGCAAGCAUCUUUUACUCCAUCCAGAGGGACCCCGCUAACGUGCCAGAAUCCUGCCUGAUGCCCUCUGUGAUCCGUUCAGGCAAUGGAGAGGGGGAUGCCCGGGUGCUUGUCCUCAGUCUCACCUGGAGCUAUUGGAAAGGAAAAGGCAUUUGAAGAAUAAAGUCAUGCAGAGCCUCA